CUUUUGUGUCACAGGUCACUGUGCGUGUGUGUUGUUUGCAGUGUUACCAUUACCGGUAGUUUAGUCUCGCUUUGCCAGACCCUCCUCCAAAGUUUGGUCAUAUAUUCUAAAAUGGAUACAGACUAUGCAGAAUAAACAUCCCAAUAGAAAGCAAGUUCCUGCCCUUCGGUACCAAGCCCCGCUACAGCGAGGAUGUUCCCCAGCCUGGCCCACAGACCAUGGCAUAUCUUCUGCAGGCUCUCCUUUCAACACAGGGCACCCCUGUCACAACGGUCCCCGAGGAUCCCCCAGCUGUACUACGGUUUGAAGCGUGGAGGCAUACAUAAUGUGUGUUUCAGCCUCCCAGACUGCCGUGUUGCUUCUCUAGGGCUGGGCAAGGUGCAGUACUACUCUACCUCUGGCAACAGUAAAGAUGGUCCCCCAAAAUCGGCAUCAGGUGAUGCUCCAACAGCAGAAAAGGUCCUGUCUGCUGCUGCAAAAGCCACCCCAGCACCGGAAAAUGUUUCUGGUGCAACACCUCAGGGACUGACUAAAGCUGAGACAAUUCAAGUGAAAGUUCGAGCAGUCCUGAAGAAAAGAGAAUAUGGAACCAAGUACACUCAGAACAACUUUAUCACAGCAGUCAGAGCCAUGAAUGAAUUCUGCCUCAAACCAAGUGAUCUGGAAAAGCUUCGAAAGAUCAGAAGACGCAGCCCUCACGACGACACGGAGGCUUUCACCGUCUUUUUGCGGUCAGAUGUGGAGGCCAAAGCACUAGAAGUAUGGGGAAGCCAUGAAGCUCUAGCCCGAGAGAGAAAUCUUAGGAAAGAAGUGGAGAGAGAGUUUGAAGAAAGUAUUUUUAGGAAUCAACAGUUGUUAAAGGAAUACAAAGACUUUUGGGGAAACACUAAGCCUCGAUCAGGCCAGAGGACAACUUUCCUACAAGGACCGGGGAAGGUGGUCAUGGUCGCUAUUUGCAUCAAUGGGCUGAAUUUCAUCUUCAAGCUGCUGGCUUGGGUCUACACUGGAUCAGCUAGCAUGUUCUCAGAGGCCAUCCACUCUCUGGCCGACACCUGCAACCAGGCACUGCUCGCCCUGGGUAUCAGCCAAUCUGUCCGCAACCCUGAUGCUGGGCACCCGUAUGGCUUCUCCAACAUGCGCUACAUUGCCUCUCUCAUCAGCGGAGUGGGCAUUUUUAUGAUGGGAGCAGGCCUCUCCUGGUACCAUGGCAUCAUGGGAUUGCUGCACCCACAGCCCAUUGAAUCUUUGUUAUGGGCUUACUGUAUUCUGGCAGGCUCUCUGGUGUCUGAAGGAGCCACAUUACUAGUAGCCAUAAAUGAGAUAAAGAGGAGCGCCCAUCUUCAUGGAGUGUCUUUUUAUGAAUAUGUUAUGCAGAGUCGAGACCCCAGUACUAAUGUAGUGCUGCUGGAGGAUGCUGCGGCUGUAUUAGGAGUCAUCAUGGCUGCUGGCUGCAUGGGCCUCACCUCACUUACAGGUAACCCCCUCUAUGACAGUAUGGGUUCGAUCUGCGUGGGCACAUUGCUGGGCGCCGUCUCAGCCUUCCUCAUCUACACUAACACAGAGGCUCUCCUGGGUCGUUCCAUACAGGCUGAACGUGUACAGAAGCUUACUGAGUUCCUGGAGAACGACCCUGCAGUAAGGGCCAUCCACGAUGUGAAGGCCACUGAUCUGGGACUGAGCAAAGUGCGAUUCAAGGCUGAAGUUGACUUUGAUGGCCGAGUGGUGACACGGUCUUAUCUGGAAAAACAAGACAUUGACCAAAUCCUCAAUGAAAUUCAGCAGGUGAAGACCCCCGAGGAGCUGGAGAACUUCAUGCUGAAACACGGGGAGAACAUCAUUGACACCCUGGGGGCCGAGGUGGAUCGCUUGGAGAAGGAACUCAAGCAACGAAACCCAGAGGUUCGUCAUGUAGACUUGGAGAUACUAUAAUACCUUACGGGUCAUCCUGCUGUAACAAGAAGAGGAAAAGGUGAAAGGAGGGCUAAGCCUGCCUCGGCUAUCACAACUCAUCAAGUCUUACCGUACAAAAGUCCACAGCCAUACUCGAGGACGGUGUUUUGGCAAUGAUCAUUCUUUCUUUGUGUUUGUUGAACUUCAGUUAGCGGGAUAUUCAACCUGCCAGAGAUCCACUUUUCACAUUCAAGUGUGAGUGUUCCUGGCGUAAGACUGAGAACUGUAAUUAGUCUCCUUGAAUUUUAAGAGAAAUUUGAAUCUCUGUUGCAUUUCACCUACAUCUAUGACAGUUUAGUCUCCUGGUUGUUUGGUUGACCUCACAUUCCUGCAUGAAUGUGUUUGGAUUCGGUUGAAAUCAGGACCAGUAUCAUACUAGACUUGUACUUUAAUGUGAAGAAGCUUGAACCACAGUGGUAGUGUUUCAUUCAUUAGUACAAAGGAAACCUGUGCGCUACGUAUUCAAACCAGACUUAUUUAACUGCGAGACAUUAGUUGUUUAUUUUCUUUAAAUGUGAAAACGGAGGAACUGAAGACGCCACGAUGCUCCUGCAGGUUCUCUAAUAAAGACAGUUUGUGGUGGAUAGAUUGUAUUGCUAUUAUAGUGUAAAACAGAAAAGAAAAAUAACUUAAAAGGUGUUAAGAAUUUUCAUUUGAUUGUAUGCUAGAGUUGAAGAGUGAACUAAAAAAAACAGCACUUAUUGAGCAUCAGCUUAUGCAAAACUUAAUUAGAAAACAGUGUUACCACGUAAAAUCAAUAUAUUCCCAUGAUAUUAAGAAAAAAAGUUUAAAGUCCGACUAA